UAGAUACAGGCCGGAGGAGUAGCUCAGCCCCACCCUGUACAGAAAAAUGUGAAAUGCCUUUGUGUCUCAGCAUGCAAUGAUUUUAGUUUCGUUUCUCUCUUCUGCUGUCAGCGAUGGCGUCUUCUGAUUUGAGACAGGAGCUGGACUGUUCCGUCUGUCUGGACAUGUAUACAGAUCCUGUAAACCUGAGAUGUGGUCACAACUUCUGCCGGGUCUGUAUUGAUCGUGUGUUGGAUACACAGGGGGGGUCUGGAGGUUAUUCCUGUCCUCAGUGCAGAAAAAAGUUUCAGGCUCGUCCUGCACUGCAGAAGAACAUAACCCUUCGUAACAUUGUAGAAGCUUUCCGGUCUACUCAGUCAGAAGAGGGGAAGACUGGAAUCUUAUGUUCUUACUGCAUUCGCUUUUCUGCGCCUGCUGUUAAAUCCUGUCUGAUGUGUGAAGCUUCUUUAUGCGAGAGACACCUGAAAGUCCACAGCAAGGCACCAGAACAUGUCCUAACUGAACCCACCACUUCCAUGGAGAACAGAAAAUGCUCCGUCCAUAAGAAGGUCCUGGAGUAUUACUGCACUAUGGAGGCUACCUGCAUCUGUGUGUCCUGCAGCUUGACUGGAGAACACCGGGGACACAAGGUGGAGACUCUGGAUGAGGCCUCUGAGAAGAAGAAACAGAAACUGAGAAAUGGUCUUCAGAGACUAAUCACAGAGAGAGAGGAGAUUCAAGAAAGAGUCCAGAGUCUACAGGAACAUAGGAGAAACAUACAACACAAGGCAGCUGGUGAAAAGGAGAAAGUCAAUGCCCUGCUCAGAGACCUCCGGAGACAACUGGAAGAUCUGGAGAAGAGAGCCCUGAGGGAGAUCACCAUGCAAGAAGAACAUCUUGCACUCCCGUUGUCUGAUAUAAUACAACAAUUGGAGAUAAAGAAGGAGGAUCUGUCCAGAAAGAUACGUCAUAGUGUGGAGGUGUGUAACAUGACUGACCCACUGACCGUCCUACAGGAAUCAGACACAGGGGACUUGUGUGAUACUGAGGAGGGAGAUAAUGAGGACAGAGAGAGACAUGAUAGACUCCUCCAUGAUGGAGGGGAUCUGGAUGUGGCAGGAAUCACACGGACAUUACACACAGGGAUAUAUGAUAUGAUAAAAGAGGUAAAUAAAUGUUUCAAUAUACAGGAAGCUUCAGACAUAUUACUGGAUGUGAACACAGCUCAUAAGAAUCUACAGAUAUCAGAUGACAUGAAAACUGUAUCCUGGUCAAAUAUGAGACAGAACCGCCAAGAAACACCAGAGAGAUUUGAGAAUUGUGCUCAGGUUUUAGGUGGUCGGAGGUUUUCCUCGGGGCGGCAUUACUGGGAAGUGGAUGUCAGCCAAUCAGAGCGCUGGAUAGUCGGAAUGUGUUACCCCAGUAUAGAAAGGACAGGGUGGUUUCACUCAUGGAUUGGGUAUAAUAACAAAUCCUGGGGUUUGUACAGACAUGAUAAUCAGUGCUCCGUGAUACACAACAGUACGGUGAUCCUGUCACCUGGCAAUCUCUCCAGUAACAGAGUCAGGAUCUAUGUGGAUUAUGAGGCCGGCCAGCUGUCCUUUUAUGAUCUGUGUGACCCGAUCAGACACCUCCACACCUUCACCACCACCUUCACUGAGCCCCUCCAUGCCGGGUUAUGGGUGGGAAAAGGUCCUGUAAAGGUGUCUGGAGGCAAUUAUAGAAUGUGAGAAAUGGUUGGUGGGAGUUUUGGUAACCUUGGAGAAAAGUAAAGCAGUGUAAACUAGCAGCAGAGACACUUUCUUUGAGACUAUGGGGGAAAUUUACUAAAACCGGAGCAUACAAAAUCUGGUGCACCUGAGCGUAGUAACCAACCAGCUUCUACCUUCAGCUUGUUCAAUUAAGCUUUGAUAAUAAAACCUGGAAGCUGAUUAGUUACCAUGCAGAGCGGCACCAGAUCUUGUGCGCUCCAGUUUUAGUAAAUCUCCCCCUAUGACACAGGUGUCAAACACAAGGCC